CUUCCAUAGAAUAAUUUGUGGAAUGGUGAGGGAAAUGUUGAAUUUUCUGCAAUUUUUAGGGCAGCAUGGAAACUUAUUGAUUUCAUCUUCCUUGUUCUUAUCUGUAAUAGUAAUCUUCGUCGUCGUCUUAAUUCGUCCAUCUGGCAAAAGAAAGCUAAUUUUACCGCCGUCGCCGUCAAAACUACCCAUCAUCGGAAACCUCCACAACAUCGGCCGCUACCCUCAUCGUUCACUCCAUGUCUUAGCUCAACGAUUCGGUCCUCUCAUGUUGCUCCGCUUCGGCAAUUGCCCUGUACUCGUAGUCUCCUCCGCCGAUGCUGCCCGUGAGAUCAAGAAAACUCAUGAUCUGACAUUCAUAAACGGACCGAAAGUCAGCGCCACCCAAAAGCUUCUCUAUGACUACAAAGACGUAUCAACGGCACCUUACGGCGAGUAUUGGAGGCAAAUGAGAAGUAUAUGCGUACUGAAUCUUCUAAGUAACAAAAGGGUUCAAUCUUAUCGAGCUAUAAGAGAAGAAGAAACGGUUCUAGCAAUGGAGCACAUUAAAAGGUCUUGCUCCUCGGGUUUGCCGGUAAACCUAUCAGAACUCUUUCCUGCGAUUACAAACAACGUAAUAUGCAGAAUAGCUUUAGGAACAAAGUACAGUGAAGACGCAGACAGGUUUAAGAAGCUUUUGAACGAUUUUGUAGAGUUGUUGGGUACUACGAAUAUCGGGGAUUAUCUUCCAUGGCUUGCAUGGGUGAGCCAUGUUAAUGGGUUCAAUGCUAAAGCUGAUAGAGUGGCCAAGGAGUUCGAUGAAUUUCUGGAUGGAGUGAUCGAAGAACAUAUGAAUCGUCAAAACAAACAUGUAAAUGACCAAAAAGACUUUGUCGAUGUUUUGUUGGAAAUUCAGAGGGAAAACGCAGUUGGCUUUCCUAUAGAAACAACUAGCAUCAAGGCUCUUAUCUUGGAUAUGUUUGCGGCCGGAACUGAUACGACAUACACGGUCAUGGAGUGGGCAAUGACAGAACUCUUAAGGAACCCAAAGGCAAUGAAAGAGAUUCAGAACGAAGUCCGAAAAGUUUACGGUGGAAAAUCGAGCAUAUCGGAAGAUGAUCUCCAUAACAUGCACUACCUAAAAGCAGUGAUCAAAGAAACUCUCCGUUUACAUCCUCCAAUUCCGUUGUUGCUUCCAAGAAUAUGUUCAAAAGAUGUGAAGAUCCAGGGCUAUGACAUAAUGGAAGGAACUCAAGUUUUUAUAAAUGCUUGGGCGAUCGGAAGAGACCCAUCGUCAUGGGAGAAACCAGAAGAGUUUCUUCCGGACAGGUUCUUGAACAGUUCCAUAGAUUUCAAAGGACAUCAUUUUGAGUUGAUUCCGUUUGGUUCAGGAAGGAGGAUUUGUCCGGGGAUCCAACUUGCAAUGCAACUAAAUGAGGUUUUCUUAGCAAAUCUGGUGCACAAGUUCGAUUGGUCAUUGCCUGGCGGAGCAAACGACAAGGAUUUGGACAUGACCGAAUCAUUUGGUCUUACCAUACACAAAAGCUCCCCUCUAAUUGCUACUGCAAAUCAAUGUUCUUUCUAGUGAAAAUAUCUCCUUAUUAUGUA